CAUUUUCUACCAAAGUUCUCAGAAGCAGCGGACUUGCCCUUCUCACAGACGCAUACAUCCCUGCCCUCGAGAGUAAACCCCGUUACCAUGGAACUAGGGAAUUCCCCAGCUUCGUGACGUUACACUCGGGUGUCAUAAGCGAAGGGCGUGGUAUUCCGUUAACACGUCUCAGGGCAUUGAAGAAAGACGUAGCACCCAUUGUGAACUUUACAGUUCCCCCACACUGGUAUCAAUGGCUGACACAAAGAUAAAGAUAUCGGUGGUUAUUGGACUAGUAUUGUCAUGUAUCAUUAUUGUUGUAACUGCUCUGUGUUUCAGUUACGUGGAGUAUUACGAGUUCGGGUUCAUCCGCCAGAGGUCCACGGGAGUCGUAGAUUUAAGCGAAGUACACACGGCCGGACGGUAUUUCCUCGGUCCUGAUCGUGAGUUUAAGAUUUUCGAAGCCGAUGCCCAUUUUAUUGAGCUAAAUGACAUAGCUGUCUUUACGUCAGAUAAACUGGAGGUAGGCCUGACGGUAUAUUUUCAGUACUUCCUCAGGAAAGAGGACCUGCCCCUACUCCAUGCUGCAUACGACAUCUAUUACAAAGACGUUAUCAAGACUAGUGCGCAAGACGCCCUGAAGGGUGCAACAACGUCCUUCAACACGCGAGACAUGAUCACCAGCCGAGCCAUUCUAGAGGCGACGCUUUUCAGGGCUGUCAGCGACCGAAUUGGAGGAACAUGCUGCAGGCAGAACUGUACCUCAUUUGUUUACGCGUGCCCACUCGGUUGUAAGCCAUCCGUAACGUGUACAACAGAUGACAGGGGCCUGUUCGCUGACGUGAGAUACUUCCAGCUCGGGUCUGUUAGAAUUUCUUCAUCAGUCAAGGAGCGUUUCAUGAAGGCACUCACCCUUCAGGAAGAAAAUGAUACAGAAAAACUUAAACAACAGGCACAGAUCAUACGAAAAAACACCACUGCUAAAGUUAAAAUGAUCCAAAACGAGGCUGAAGAAAUGCUUCAACAGGCAACAGCAGAUGCCAAUUACAUCCGGGCCUUGUCCGAUGCUAACUACACAGCUACUGUAGAGAAAGCCCGUAGUGAGGGACUAAAACAGGUUACGUGAGACGAAGCCUUGACACUAUCCUGUACAAUUAUAUUUUGAAGUUUGUAGUAAUACGUCAUGUUACAUGUAAUAUUAAAUAAAAUAUCUUGAAAACAUGGA